UCCAAGCAGUUCUUUUGCUCUCGUCGUAGCAUUCCCUUCUCUUGAUUGUUGGCUGCAAAAGAGCAAUCAUUGAUCGCAUCCACAGCAAAACUUGGGAUAUGGCGACAAUCCACUCCUCCAUCACCACACUACCACCCUCUAAUCCUAAAUGCCAUGUCAAACCAGCGCAACACCACCAGCACCAGAAGGAGGCGAAUAGCGACCCUUCUAUCCAUACCAGCUCCCAUACUACUACAACCAUUAUUGUCGCACGCACGUGACCAACUACUGUGGCCGUUAAUAAUCCUGACAAUCCUUUUACUCAUCAGACACUAUCACCUACUUCUUGCAUCAUGGGUGGCACCGUUAUUGAAAUCGAGUCAGAGACUCAGUUCUCAGAGUUGACCAACUUGGACCCUUCCAAGCUCAUCGCACUUUACUUCCACACCCCAUGGGCUGGACCUUGUAAGACCAUGAACAGUGUGUUCAAGACACUUGCCGAAUCCAAGGCCAGCGACCCCAACGUGUUGUUCCUCAGCAUAAACGCAGACGAGUUGUCCGAAAUCAGCGAGCUCUUUGAGGUCAGUGCUGUGCCAUACUUCAUCCUCAUUCGUAACUCCACCAUCUUGAAGGAAUUGUCUGGAGCCGAUCCAAAGGAAUUCAUAAACGCCCUCAAUCAAUUUUCAUCUCCACAGACCCAAGCAGCCCCUGCCGUUGCUCCUGCAGCUGCUCCUGAACCUUCUGCUCCUGAAGAGGAGUCCGAAGAGGCUCUCAACCAAAGGUUGACCAAGUUGACCACCGCUGCUCCUAUCAUGUUGUUCAUGAAGGGUUCUCCAUCAUCCCCACAGUGUGGGUUCUCCAGACAAUUGGUGGCGAUCUUGAGAGAGCACCAGGUCAGAUUCGGUUUCUUCGACAUAUUGAAGGAUGACUCAGUCAGACAGGGUCUCAAGAAAUUCAGUGACUGGCCCACUUUCCCUCAAUUGUAUAUUAAUGGAGAAUUCCAGGGUGGGUUGGAUAUCAUCAAGGAGAGUAUUGAGGAAGACGAAAGUUUUUUCGAGAACGCCAUUAAGGCUGCCUAGUGGUAGUCACUGUCGAUGUCCUUGUAAUUUUUUCCAUCUGCGUAUUAAUAUAUCUAUUAACUGGGGCGGCGU